AUGCAGCGGCUCGUCAAGGCGACGGUGCCGGAGCGCUACGGCGACUCCACCGUCGAGGAGAUCAUGCUCCUGGACUGGGUGGGCCACGUCGACGAGAGCGCGGGGUCGCGCAUCCUCGCGAAGCCGUGCGACGACGUCGCCGGCGACGAGUGCCGCACGCCGGAGAUGCGCAAGACGGUGCGCGUCGGCGUGCGCAUCCUGGCGUUCAAGGUGCGCGACAUCCACCUCAGCGCGACCCUCAAGGCCCUGCGGCGCGUCGGCGUCGGCGAGCACUUUGGGGCCAUCGACGUGCUGGACGUGCGGACGACGACGGAGCGCGCGACGGCCGCGCGGCGGUCGCGGCGCGGCCGCUGCUGCCCGAGCCUCGGCGACCGGCUGAGCACGCUCGAGAUCCACGCGACCAUCGAGGCGGGGAGCCACCUGACGGCGGACCACUGCUGCUGCGUCGUGCUCGCGUCGUUCAUCGCGGCGAUCGGUCUGCUGAGCGACGCGUCGUCCAUCGUGCUGGCCGCCUUCUUCAUCUCGCCGCUCAUGACCAUGCUGCUGGGGGCCACCUGGGGCGCCUGCGUCGGCGAGUGGCGCCUCGCGCGGCGGGCGCUGCGGAACAUGGCGCUCGACGCGUGCAUCUGCGUCGCCGUGGGAGGGCUCGUCGGCGCGGCCAUCGGCCUGCUCCUGCCCCACAGCGUCGGGGGCCUGACGGCGCCCAUGCACGCGGGCGCCCACGGCAAGGCCUGGGGGUCCAUCACCGUCAACUCGGGCGAGAUCCUGAGCCGGGGCCCGCCCGUGUCGAACCUCGUGCUCUCGGCGUUCGUCGCGACUUUUUCCGGAGUCGCGCUCGCGCUGGGCUACUCGGGGGGCAUCUCGUCGGCCCUCGCGGGCGUCGCCGUGUCGACGGCGCUGCUGCCGCCCCUCGUGAACGCGGGCCUCAUGACGGCGCUGUCCGUCGCGUAUCCGACGGCGCGGUCGCAGCGCGGCGACACGCUGCUCUUGAUCGCGUACAACUCGCUGGCCAUCUACGUCGUCAACGUCUGCCUCGUCUGCGGCCUGAGCUACGUCACGCUCAAGUUCAAGCGCGUCGGCGGCCGGUCGCUGUCGGGCAUCCGCCAGGUCUUCGCGCCGACGCCGCGGUCGUCCGCGCACGCGUGGCACGACUCGAACGUCGACCACCGCCACACGUGGCCCGACGACUCCAACGAGUCCAAGUCCUUCUGCGCCUUGGACGAGACGCUGUCGCCCCGGGACCGCCUCGACUCGCUCCCCGACGCCAUGCACCUGAGCCUCCCGGCGGCGAAGCCGCGCGCGCGGACGCUCGACGGCGACGCCGGCCUCGCGGUGCCCCUCCUCGCGGCCGCGGAGUCGCCGGCGCGGCCCGAGGCGCCCGGCCAGCGAGCCGUGCCCCUCCUCGCCGAGGCCCCAAAGCUCCCCGACGACCUCGUCUGA